AUGGAGCCAGCCAACGCCCUUUCCAACAACUCCAGUAAUGGCAGUGGCACCAGCAGCAGCACCAGCAGCGCCCCACACUCGCCUGCAGCCACAGGGCUCAUCCUGCUGGCCGCCCUGGCCGUCCUGUUGGCCACAUUGGUGGGCAAUGCGCUGGUGGUAGUGGCCAUCUCCACCAGCCGGGCUCUGCGGGCGCCACAGAACCUCUUCCUAGUGUCCCUGGCUUUGGCAGACAUCCUGGUGGCUGUCCUCGUCCUGCCCUUCUCGCUGGCCAACGAGGUGAUGGGCUACUGGUACUUUGGCGGGCUGUGGUGCAGCCUGUACCUGGCGCUGGACGUGCUGCUCUGCACUGCAUCCAUCGGGCACCUCUGCGCCAUCAGCCUCGACCGCUACUGGGCCGUCACGCGGGCGGCGCGGCUCAACCUGCGCCGCAGCCCACGGCGGGUGAAGGGGAUGAUUGGGGCAGUCUGGGCAUCAGCAGCCCUGGUGGCCCUUCCACCACUCCUGCGGCCGCGGCCAGGGGGCCGGGAAUGCCAGCUGAGCCAGGAGACCUGGUACGUGCUGGCCUCCUGCACCGCCUCCUUCUUCGUCCCCUGCCUCGUCAUGGUUGCCGUCUAUUGCCGCAUCUACCGCCUGACUGCCCAGCGCACGGCCACCCUCCUCGCCACCCGCUCCCCGUGCUCUGCCAGCAAUGGAAAGGUGUCAGGAAAGGUGUCAGGUGUUGGGAUGCCAAGAUGGCGGUGCCGGAGCCAGAACCAGAGCGUGUUGCUCUGCCGGCGGCGGCUGGUGCGGGCGCGGGAGCGGCGCUUCACCAUCGUGCUGGCCGUGGUGAUGGGGGCCUUUGUGCUGUGUUGGUUCCCCUUCUUCUUCACCUACAGCCUGGGAGCUGUCUGUGGGGAGGGCUGCCAUGUCUCCAAGCCCCUCUUCAACUUCUUCUUCUGGAUUGGCUACUGCAACAGCAGCCUCAACCCCCUCAUCUACACCCUCUUCAACCGGGACUUCCGUGCCGCCUUCCGCCGGCUCCUCACCAUCCCACGCCAGCCCCACACCUGA